AUGUACAUUCCACAGAAAAGAUCGAUCGAUCACAAGAACAGCAUCUUCAUUAUCGUUUUUGUUGUAGUUGUUUUCGUUCUCGCUCUAUGCGCGCUCAGCUUUUUCCUGGCUCGCUACCUUCGUCAAAAACACUAUGAGCCGAGGUAUAUACCAGGGAAAUACUUCAAACGCAAAUGGCAACAAUGGCACCCUGGUAGCGCCUCUUAUGGCCAGGUCCCAAAUCAAAACGCCGCCAAUGGAGAGCAGAACACCUCAUACCAAGGUGCGGGGGCUACUCAUCCAGAAAUGACGACUACCGCCGGUGUGCAGCGCGAGACGUCGAUUCGAUCCAUCAUCACCUUACCAGCCUACUCACCGAGUCCCAAGCCGACCGAGCAAAUCAUCGGACGGGAAGGAGAGCGCGAAGGUAUGGAUAUGGUGGUGGAAUUCCCCGAGACAACAGAAGCGCAAGAGGCUCGACGGGAGGAGCACAUGGAGUCAUUGUACCAGAUCCGUCUCCAACGUCGCCAAGAGCUAGCCGAUCGGGAGGCCCGACGUCGCGAGCGACGCUCAGCACGAGCUCGCGGCGAUUCAGUCCGUCUCGCAGAAUUAGCCGCCGAAUCCCGGGCUCGCACCAACCAACGUCACCAAGCAAGUACCAGCAGCACGUCGCUCAAUGCAGCCACCGUCAUCGCCGAACAGCAAGCCCGUGAGCGAGAACGACGUAUCUCCAGCGUGAGCUACGCUUCAAUCGGCCAUGUUCGCCAUGAUGGAUCCCGUCUACGAGCCGAUUCCCAUGAAUCCGACCUUCACCCGCUUCUCGAAAAUGCCGCUGGGCACUCAUCGUCCCCAUCAUUGACGGACCAGCCUCCCAGCCUGCGCUCCCGCGGCCAGUCGUUAGCAUCAUCAAUCACGACCACUGAAACGGGCGGAACCGAUAGCGAUCCACUUAUCCUGGGUCCAACCUCAACACGCGGCUCCAGUCGUCCUGUCUCCCAAGUAGAAGAUGGAGACCUUGGAGCCUUCAACAUCCCCCCACCUGAAUAUGAGCACCUCGACUGGGGCGAUGCGCCCGCAUACGAAAGCCCAACUCGAGAACGCGACGACGAGCCUCGUCAGCUAUCAUCCGUUUUAAGUCCCCUUCCAUCCAUCCAUGUCGAUAUCGCCAGCCCCAUCGCAAACUCACCUUCAACCCCGACUGAACCUCAUCAUUCGGAGUCAGAAAACGAGCAGGAAACCACCCCCAGGGGUCCGACGCGGACCACUGUUGUUUCAGAAAUUGAAACUGGAUCCACCCCGGAACAUACCCCUGUCUCAUGA